AUGAGGACGAUCAAAGCCAAUGGUGACUAUGACGUCUUGUCUCGGAUCCAUUCUUCCUUCCAAUCAUCACCUGGAGCACAUUCUGGACCAGCUUUCUUGCCAUGGCAUCGCGAGUUUCUAAAGAGGCUGGAAAUAGCCCUACGCCGAGUUGAUCCAAGCGUUGCUCUACCAUAUUGGGACUCAACACUAGACUCAACGAUACCGAAUCCAGCCGAAUCUUCUCUGUUCACAAAUGAACUCAUGGGGAGGACAGGUCCUGAUGGAUUGAUUCAAACAGGGGCAUUUCGCGGAUGGUUGACUAUCGACCAAUCCCGAGUGUUCCGACGUAAUGUUGGUAAUACUGGUAGACCAUUCAUAGAAGCGGAUAUAAGUGCUGUACAGGCUACAAACAAUUAUCAACAAGUACUGGCAUAUACUGCUCCAAGUCAAGUAAGGCUGCCCAACCCCGGCUGCAUGGACGGCACUUGA